AUCCAAACUCAUCAACAACGUUUGAAACGUACACAGCCAAACAUGACCUCGUAUCAGGAUCUUCCCUCGCGCCAGAAAUCACAACGGAUAAUCAAUCGAAUGAAACAACAGCAACAGCAGCAGGAUCAACAUCGGGAGAAAUUUCAGCCCUACAAGGGUCGAGCAAAAACUAUUUCCAACAUUCAUGAAUUAUUACCUGGGUUGAAUGAUAUAAGUGAUGCCUUUGAGGCACUUCCCUUAGAUAUCAUCAAGUAUUUUACUUUGCUUAAGGAGAUCGAUGCAAAAUGUAUUAAUACAGUUCCUCAGAUCAACCAUCAUAUCAAAACUUAUAUCGAUACUCUUCACACUGACAAAGAAGCCGAACCAACGAGUUAUAGUAGAUUAAAUUUGAUCAAAGAUAAGAUUAAUGAAAUAAUUCCUUGUUUAGAAGAGAAAAUGCACGUUACUUCAGUGGCUUCUGAUUUGCUUUAUAAACAUAUGACACGAAUCAACCAGGACUACAAAUUGAUUAUUCAGAAUAAUGAGAUUCCAGAAAGUAUUAGGAUUGGUCCAUUGAACCACCCAGCCAUGAUUAUGGACUCUAGUGCUGGAUCAGGUGUUGGUUCCAGCACUGUGGACAGAUCAAUGCCCAGUCAAAGAAGUGAAAGCAGAAGAGAAGCAUUGGCUGCCAAGAAGGCAAAUAAAGAAACCGAUGAAGAUGUUAGGGGAAGUAACGGUCAUUCUGGUGCUGGAAGAAAGAAAAAAAAUAAAGAAGGUACACCUCUGGUACAACAGCUGAACCUGCAAUCAGGACCUUCGACUCAAGUUGGGAACCCAGGUAAUCCAAACAAUGCAAGAGUUAAUUCAGCUUCCUCCAAUGCUUCCAGUGGUACCAUGACUCAUACUUCAUUGGCAACCAGUAACUCCACCAACAAAAAGAGGGGUAGAGGUGAUGAUCGUAGUGCCACCCCAAACAACGGUCCUAAACGUGGUAAAAAGAGGAAUGAUUAUGACGAUGAUGAAGUAGAUGGGAAAUCCUCCAGUCAAAGCAAAGGUCCUAGAAGUAAUGAACCUACUUAUUGUUAUUGUAAUCAAGUUUCAUUUGGAGAAAUGGUGGGUUGUGAUGGAGAAGAUUGUAAACGAGAAUGGUUCCAUUUACCAUGUAUCGGAUUUAAAAAUCCACCUAAGGGAAAAUGGUAUUGUGAUGAUUGUUCUGCGAAGAUGAAAAAGGCAAAGAAAUAAUGAUAUAUAGUUUGUGUGUAGUAAUAACAAAAAUACCAUUACGA